AUGUCAUUUUUCAGUUCCCUGAGAGAGAAGACAAAAAUCUUAGAUCGAAUUACAGAGAGUUUUACACCAAGCUUAACAAGGGACGAAAAGUUCAAACUUCAAUACAAACUCCCAUCAGAGGAAGCUAUUUUAGAUGAUGCAAAUGCUGAUAUUUCAUUUAUUAGCGCGAAUAAUGCAGUGUAUGAUGAAAGUAAAAAGCAAAAUGGCUUGAAGGGAGAACCUGUAGCAUACAUCUUCUCAGGUAAAUUAUAUUUAACUUCACAUUAUCUGGUGUUUAAAGACGCGUUCGACGAGUCUUCAUGCGUCUUAAUCCUCAAUAUUUCAACUAUUAAAAGGGUAGAACGAUCACCUUCGGCUUCAUACUCGUUUGCCUUAAUGGUUACCUUAUAUUCUAGUAGUCAGCUACUGAUUCAAUUUAUAGGACUGCGUUAUAAGUCUGAACAAUUCUGUGAGUUACUCAAACAAAAAUUAAGGGAAAAUAUACCUAAUGCAAAGAAGCUAGACAAAUUUUUAGCAACAUGUUACUCUGAGUUUUUGAUAUCUAAAAAUGUUUUGAGACGAAAAGAUAUAUUAGCCCCAAGAGCUGGUCUGGGCCAACAUUAUAAAUAUCCAGCACAUCCAGAAAUGGCUAAAGAAAAGGCUAAACUUAGACUUUGGUUCGAGUAUUUUAAGGAAAAUGGUGAAAAUCUGGCCAUCAUGAAAAAUCCAAAGUUUACGAAAUUGGUGAGAAUUGGUGUGCCUAGUAGAAUGAGAGGAGAGAUUUGGGAAUUAUGUUCUGGUGCACUGUAUCUACGCUAUGCAUUCCAAGGCGAAUAUGAAAGGAUUUUGGAAGAAAAUAAAGGUAAGACAUCUCAAGCCAUAGACGAAAUUGAAAAGGAUUUAAAAAGAUCACUGCCUGAAUAUUCUGCGUAUCAAACGGAAGAGGGGAUUCAAAGGUUGAGAAAUGUUUUGACAGCGUAUUCAUGGAAGAAUCCUGAUGUGGGGUACUGUCAAGCGAUGAAUAUUGUUUGUGCAGCUCUAUUAAUUUAUAUGACGGAGGAGCAAGCCUUUUGGUGUCUUUCAAAUCUUUGUGACGUGUAUGUGCCAGGGUAUUACUCAAAGACAAUGUAUGGUACUUUACUGGAUCAAAAGGUUUUCGAAGCAUUUGUUGAAGAAAAGCUACCUGUCUUAAAUGACUACAUAGUGAAGCACGAUAUUCAACUUUCAGUCGUCUCAUUACCAUGGUUUCUAUCACUAUUUUAUACUUCUAUGCCGCUGGAAUAUGCCGUCAGGAUUAUGGAUAUUUUCUUUAUGAAUGGCGCUAAAACAUUAUUUCAGGUAGCUUUGGCUGUUUUGAAGCUGAAUGCAGACGAUAUUUUACAAGCGGAUGAUGAUGGCAUGUUUAUUGCAAUUAUUAAGAAUUAUUUCAGAACUCUUGGUGAGAGUGCCCAUCCCGAUUCACCAGAUAUUAGAUACAGACAAAUAACGAAGUUCCAAGAAUUAUUGGUGACAGCUUUCAAAGAAUUUAGCGUGAUCACAGAUUCCAUGAUUGCGCAGGGAAGACACAGAUACCAGAAAGGUAUAUUGGAAAAUAUUGAAACAUUUGUAAAGAAAACACAAGUGCGUCAUAUGCCAAAGACAUUCUAUCUCUCAACAGAUGAUUUAUCCAACCUUUAUGACAUAUACUACGACAGUAUUGAAACACAUAAAAUAAGCAUGGGUACAGGCUCAUCGAAUAUGACUUUUGAGGUCUUCGUACAAUUUUUAGGUAAAUUCUGUGAUUGGUGUAAGCCAUGUCAAAUGGACAAAGAUCCUGCUUUUAAGAAACAAAAAGAAGACUUUUUAAGAAAAAUUUUUAACAAUUGGGAUAGUUCUAGUUUAGGUGAGCUAACUAUAAAUGACGUUGUUCUUGGUCUAGAAAAACUACUGACAACGGAUUUAUUAGAAUCAAUGAAUUAUUUCUUUACGCUAUAUGAUAGCGAUUCCGAUGGUGAAUUGCAACGUGAGGAAGUACUAGAAAUGUCAGAGGGAUUAAUUUUACUGACGGAACCGUGGAGAAGUGGCAGACUUGUAGAUUUUCUAACGAAGAAAUCCAUUGAGGAUGAUAUUGCGGAAAAAAUUGUUAAAGAGAAUGGCGAUGUUAUUCAAUCAAUGGAAGAAAUUGAACUUCCCACAGGCGUUGUUAUCGAAGAAGAGAAAUAUAAAUCAGAGCAAUCUGAAAGAUACCUAAAAGCUGCUAGUAGUUUCUUACAGAGAUCUUUUGAAUACGCUAAGUCAUUGGACCUUUCUGAGGAAGUAAAUUUAAUUGAUUUAUCAGAUAAUGAAGACGAUUCCGAAGCAAAAGAAAGUAAAAGAAAGAAGUUUCAAUCUUUGAAGCACAAUGCUGCCCUCGAUCCAACACAUUCUAAAGUAAUUGACUUGGCCACAUUUAGAAUGAUAAUUCUUGCGGACGAAACUUAUGAAUUGUUCUUUGCACAAACAUUGAGAUUAUCUAUUCAUCUCAAUGAAGGCUUUGCUACUAGCUCCACAAAUAAAGUUUUGAAGAGUAUGUUGGAUGGUAUCAUUGCUGAUGGUAAGAGAGUAGCAGAGCAAGUCCGUCGCCGUGUGGAUUCCGUUGCUACAAGAGGUAGUGUCAAUUCACUUGAUAGUGGCCCUCAAACACUCGGAGGUAGUAUUACCAGAUCAGAGGAUAUAGAUGAUUUUACAUCUGAGCAUCUUGAAGAACAUGCAGAUCUACUUCAAGAUUCGCUUUUAGAUAUUUAUGAUACAAGUGACCACGAGGGGGGACAAACAAGUCAGCAGAGGAAGCUUGAAACUUUAAAGCCACGACCCGUAAGUGAAGGCAAUAAGAAGGAAGACCUUAUUGAAUUCGAAGCAUAG